GUUGUUUUUGUCUUCAGGAGUUGCAGCUGGACUGAACAAGAGAGCUGAGAGAGAGAAAGCACUGGUUUCUCCACUCUCUGGGUGGGCCUACAUCCAGAGCCAUGUGGGGAGGGCUGGGCCUGGUCCUGGCUCUCUGCCUGCUCCCUGGGGGUGGGGCAGAGAGUGAAGGCGAGGGCAGCCGCUGUAAGCCAGCCCCGUCGUGGAGCAUCGGGGAGGCGGAGCCCAUGAAGGAUGCCCUCGGGCAUGUGACCGUGGUGGCGCUCCUGCAGGCCAGCUGAUUGUUCUGCUUGGUGCAGGCUUCCAGAAUGGAUUCACUGCGCCUGAAGCUGGAGAAGCAGGGUCUGGUGAACGUGACCUACAUGGUGGUGAACCACCAGGGGGCAGCGUCGCAGCGCUUGCACAGGCGGCUGAGAGAGAAGAUGUCGGAGAACAUCAUCCUGCACGCCCAGGAGCCGGAGCAGGACGAUGUCUGGAGAGCCCUGUCUGGAGAGAAGGACGACUUCCUGAUUUACGACCGGUGUGGUCGCCUCACCUACCACAUCUCCCUCCCCUACUCCAUCCUGUCCACACCCUACGUGGAGGAGGCCAUCCGAGAGACCUACUGCAGCGGCAUCUGUGGAAACUGCUCGUAUGAGACCUCAGAGCAGACAGCAGCAUGCAACAGAACAGCAGAAGCAGAAGCUGGGCGUAGCCCAGAAGGGGAGGCCCAACCCGAUGGGGAAGCAGACACAGCAAACCAUCACAAGCACGACCACAGCCAAGGUCAUGGGCACAGACACGGUGGUCACCAUGGCAGCAGAGAGAGACACGGAUCGAGUGGACAUGGGCAUCAGCGCGGCCAAGAAGGUGUCGAGCAUCACCAGCAUCACCAUGAUGACCAGCACCAGCACCGCCACAUCCAUCAGGAGUACUCACACGUCCAUAUCCCUGCCCAAUCUCCACUAGAUGUGGGCCAGAUGACCUAUGACCUCCAGUCUGAGGGGGCGCCAGAGCUCCAGGAUCACCAGCAGCCCUGAAAGAAAGGGAGGGAGAGAUGAAAGGUGAAGUACAGCUGAGAGGGGCCGGCCGGGCUGCUCAGCUCCAGCGGCUCCUCCAGCUGAUGCUGACACUGACGGCAGCUGUUCGGCAGUGAGGGGGAUGGCGGGGUCGCCGCUACCUGACACUGUGAGGAGGCACUCCCCGCCUCCUGACAGUGACGAGGUCACGCGGGCGAUGCCCACCUGCUCAGGGAGACCUGACAGUGACGCACGCC